ACACAUUUGUGUCAUGUGAGUGGACAUGACAGAAACAGCUUUCCUUAAAUUAUUUAUGGCAAUAGUGAUCACCUUCAUUUUAGUCCUGCCAGAAUUUUUCAAGACACCCAAAGAGAGAACACUCGAGCUCUCCUGUCUGGAAGUGUGUUUCCUACCUAAUUCCACCUACCCACUUUCCUCCUUCAAUUUUUCUUCUGUGGCUUUUCUGCAACCAGCAGAGGAAACACAGACUAUUAUGGGAAUCCUUCCAAAUCACUCCAGUUUCCAAAGCUUCGCUGAGAUUUGCCAAGGCAUCACAAGUGGAUUGCCGAUGUGCUCCUUGUGUUUGGUUUGUGAAUCCAAAGGAGACGUGGAUUUCACUUCUCAGGAACAAACAUCAAAAGGUCUUGUCAUGAGGGGAUCAAAGGAAGUGAAGGCAAGUGACUUUUACUCACCCUGUGAGUAUUUUAAUGUCACCGUCGCUCUCAUAGCUGAUCCUGUGAAGGAAGACACUACCUGUACUCCUGAAGCCCAUCCUGGAGAAGCCAUCGCUUUGGAUGAAGACCCCGUCAGGGAAAAGUCUUUCAACCACACUUGUAGAUUUAUGAAAAACACAGACAAUUGCACUCACAUUUUCUUGCACCUAGAAAUGGAUGUAAAAUCUGUCACUUGCUCCAUGAAGAUCACUUGGUACGUUUUAGUGCUAUUCGUUUUCAUGCUAGGUAUCAUCUUUAUUAUCUACAAAAUACUUGAAGAGCACAGGAGGGUGUGGAGACGGCAGAGUCAUAACUACAAGUCUUCAUCUGUUCUCUUCAGAGGGCAUGACUCUGGGAAACUGAGCACUUUGAACGUGAGGGUCAUUCCAGGCUAUCCUUGGACAAUCUGGACUAAAGACUUUGACGACUAAUGAGAAUUUUGUUUUGGAUUGAGUGGACUGGUAAAUGCUUGGGUCCAGCGGAGGAAGUACUGAUAGGUGAAUGGCGGGGCUCAGACCCUGAAGAGAAUGAACAGGAGAGCGUCUAUCUGACCCACAAGAUCAAGGGAACGAGAGUGUGAGCCAUGGAAGACAUGAGAGAGCAAGAGAGUGCUCCCCUUCACCACCGUCGCCAUCCCACGCAGCGUGGACCCCAGGUCUUCAUUCUGAGGAGCCAAUGACCAUGGAUGCAGAUCCUCUCAUUGGAUCAUGUUGCAGGUGCAGGAUAGUUUUUCCUGCACAAAUGAUGUUUAUGUUUGGCAGGUUACUUAAGAGGGCCUGUGUAUUUAUUCAUACAUUUAUAAAUCUUGCCUCUUUUGGCAUAAGACUUAAAAAAAACUUUCAAGGAUAUUGAAAUAAAAAGGAUUUAAAUGAAAUGCCUUGAGUAUUUAAAUUCGAUAGCAAAUGUCUCCUCCGAGGCCUUUGGCUCCCAUAUUUGUUUAGGCCAUCAUGGAUAUCAGGACAAAGCCUGGGCAUCAGUUUCAAUAAGAAAAACACAUAGACGUGUGACCAGCUCUUCAUAUUGAAAAAUAAAAACAUAUUUUCCAGAA